AGCUUCUUUACUCACAUAUGUAUAUUUGAUAUGUCUUUUACAUGAUGCAGGUAAGAGCACCAUCACAGCCAGUGGUUGUGUCUAUACCAAUAUUGCAUUAUGAUGAUACUGAAUCUGCAAAAGCAUCAAGACGGCAACUCAAGGAAGCUAUAUAUACAACACUAUUUAACAUGAAUGUUCCUGCUGUUUGUGCAAUUAAUCAGGCAACUUUAGCUUUGUAUGCUGCUAGAAGAACUUCAGGAAUUGUUGUAAAUAUUGGGUUUCAAGUCACAUCAGUUGUUCCAAUUUUACAUGGUAAAGUAAUGCGCAAAGUAGGGAUCUGA